CCACUUCUUCCAGUCAAUCUCCACCGUCAACCUCGUUGUCUCUAGAGGCGGUGCGGGCUCUCCACUGUGACGUCCUACCUUCUUCACCUUUGCCCUCCACCCAUCUCGACAGCAGUUGGAGGUGAACGUCACUCAAGGACAGGUUCUUUCGUUGUUUCUCCCCCUCCUAUCCUUUUUAUCCCUCUUAUCCACAACUGUCUUGACUUGCAUAGGUGCUACUCUGAUACUUGUCCACAAAGCGUUUCCUUGGAACAAAAGCAAGACAUUGUUUCCUUUCUGGGGAGCAGAGGCUCAGGCAGCUGACAAAGUGGAACGGCUCACGCAUGAGGUAACUUCUGUCUGACAUGGACCAGUGAUCAUCGCAAAGGCGCAAAAAGCAGGCAGCUCACAUCCAAACAGUGAACCAGCAGGAAAUAGUCCAGAAACUUAGAGAGCUGAGGACAGCUGUUCGAUACCCGGGGCUGACAUGUUCACCAUCACCUUUACCCUUCUUGUUGCGACCACACUGCACGUGUUGGUGGCGCCCUCCACAGCAUGUUACCGUGAAUGCUCGUCUGCCUUCAACCAGAAAAUCUUGGAGCUUGUUCCGGUUACAGACACUGCCAUUAUCAGGGAAAAAUCUUGCGAGGCGAUGGGGCAGCAGAUAGUCUGUCUGAAAACUCGCCUCGGGACCCCAGGCGCUUGCGACGACCCGAGUACGCAAACUGUGAACAGCAUCCUCACCUUCAUCGAACCAGAUUAUGAGAGCUCUUGCCGCAAUGCAACCGCUAACACCACGGGGCAAAGCCUGUCGCCGCAGCAGCUGGUGUUGAAGUGCGGACAGAUGGGCAAAGAGUGCUACGACGAUUUCAACAACACCUUCACCCCGGCCGUUACGAAACUCAACGUCACUGCUUUGUGCGCGUCCCUGGACCAGUACACACUGUGCGCCGAGCGAAUGAUGACGGACUGUGGACAGUACAUGGCGGGUCCCAUCACGUCCAUUCGGUCCUUGCAAAGGAAGUACAGCGCCAUGUGUUCCACUGCUAAUAACGUUGGGGGCGAGGUGAUGUCCGACUGUGUGAACCAGACCAUGCAGUGCUACCUCAACUUUAACAGUAGCUUUGUACCUGCUGCGUCCCUGCACAGUCUGACUGGCAUCUGUGGCUCAAUCGAGGACUACUCCAAGUGUUUGAAUGGCGUCCACAAUAUAACAGCUUGCCAGCACUUCACCAACCAGGCUCUAACAGGCCUCGCCACAAUGCAGCGUCAGUAUACUGUGGUCUGCGGAGCGGACCGUGGGGAGACAUCCCAGAAAUGCAUGGUAGAGUUUCAGAGCUGCUACAGAACUUUCAAUAACACUUUCCUCUCCGCCUUGCAGACACCCGGAGGAGCUAGUUUAGUUUGCAAGUCUGUGGAGGACUACGGACAGUGCGUGGACAGGGUGGAACCCGCCUGCAGUCAGCAGAAGGUGGAGGUGGUCAGGACAGCGAAGCUUCUGAGGCAGAUGUACUCGGCACAGUGUGACAAGAAGCUCCAGCAGCUUAUGGCAUGUUUGCCCCUGAGAGUGUGCCUGAACACGUUCGUUGGCGGAUCGUUCCUCAUGACGUCACCCUCACCUCUGUGCUCGAGGUUCUCCACAUUUUUCCCGUGCGUGGAGUCGAGCCUGCAGCUGUGCAACAUCCCACAUCACGAAACGGGCGUGGACUUCCCGGCGCUGGGCAAGCUGACAGGCAGCUUUUGUCAGAACCUGUUGGGCAACACCCGCUUGUCGAUGUGCCCUGAAUUCCACACCUGCACGGAGAACAUCAUCGCCUCCCGCUCACUCAUUGACUUCAGUGUCGUCUUCAAUGGUACAACCUGGUGCGAUUACAUGGACAUGGCGCUGGGGUGUGUCGUGAAGGCAGUGAGUGGGGAGCUGAUGGGGAACUGUAUGCUGUCCAACGACCAACAGAUAAAAAGCCAUCUGACAACGCUGCAGAAGUCCAAGCUGGACGUCUGUGAAAAUAAAGUUUCUCCAGCGCUGUCAGGAUCCAGCGGAGCAAACAACAAUGCACAUGGCGGCGAGGAGCAUGCUAGACUUGACAGUGCAAGCAGAGCAGCAGGAUACACUUCAGCAGCAGUCAAGAUGGCGGCCAUGGCAACCCUCAUCUCUUUUUUUGUGCAGCGCCUUCUCUAGAUGGUCGACGGGAACACAAGCACACACACAACCGCACACAAAAUAUUCACGCACAUAUAACUAUUGCAUUUGUAUAGAAGAUUUUAAAAACAAAAAUAGCAUCAUGUAUCUUAGAGGGUCAGGGGACAUAAUUUUGUUAACCCUUCCUGCCAAAAUAUGUGUUGACCAGGCUGAUCAAAUGCUCUGGGUUUUUUGUAAAUAUGCCAAAUCUCUAAUACCUAAAGUCGUUAGAAAGAUGGACGGGGAGCAUCAGAACGGUGAUUUUUUCACCGAUUAGUAAGCUGCUUAACUUGUCGUCAACAAACAAAAAUGGUGUCUGCAAAGUCUCGAUGGGAACUGAAACCUUUCUAUAGUAACAAAUGAUGAAAAAAUAGACGCCCUCUGACAGAUGAGGAUGGUCUUUACGAAGUUUGACCCUAGACAACUGUGCGUGACUUUCAAACGUGUACAUAGGGAAAGGUGGACACCAGCUGAUUGAUGCAGCUUGGAUUGGCAUCACUUUUGAACUGCCAAUAUGGAGAGUACAAAGACUUAUGGUCAGUCUGACUGCUCAAUUAGUAAUAAAAAAAUGUUUAUGAAUAAAUCAAAUCGUUUUCUUUUUGAAUGUAGCGACCGGUCAAUUCGACCACAGAAGUAGACAAUUAAGCUACUAUUCAGUAUAAUGACUCGUAAGUAAACAAAACGGAAAAUAUUUUUUAUGGAAAUUACUCAAGUGAUAUACAUAUUUAUAUUGACUCGGAUCCACUUUCUCUCUCUCCCUCUUUCUCUCACAUACAAGCAAAUUGCGUACUUUACUGAUCUAUUGAAUAAACUCCACUAUAUACUUCUUUACUGUUAUUAGUGUGCUCCAAUAAUAAUUGCACCUUGUUUAACUAGAAGCUAUACUCGCCACGCACGAAAUGCACACACGUAAAGUUGUCGACCUGUUAAGUAUGUUAUGGAAAAGGUGGGCUUUAAAGGUCGAACUUUCCCUUUCCCCGUUCGGUAAGAAGGGAUGGAUCUGAUCUGGCGAAGUGAGGUUAGGGUAGUUGUCAGGCCAGAUGGAUGCAAUUAACGAAGACUGACCAUUGGAGUAGCCAGCAUUUCGGGAGCUUCAGGAGUGUGUCCUGAUAUGCGAUAUAUGCAGUUCACUGAUGGCAACAAACAGCUUUGCCCAAUGCACAGAUUAUUGGAUUUAUAACUUAAAAGAUUUUUUAAAUGUAUUUUUCCCUAUCCCUUUUUGUUUCUGCUUGUGUUAUGUGUUCAUGAUUGUGUGAGACAGAAGGUGCAAGUGUAAGCUAAAGUAUCAUUUAUAAUAGAAGUUUGGAAAGACUGCUAUCAUUUAAAAAUUGACUUUGAUAUUUAAGGAAUGGUUUGUAACAUCUUGAAUGGAAAUUGAAAAUUGACACAAAAAAGGUUGCCACAAAUUACAACUAUGAAGGAUAGUUCAUUAACAGACUUAACAUGUAAUUGACUUUGUGCAAUAUGUUAAGAGCACUUUUUUCUUUCAUUAAAAGAAGUGAGAGUGUAGACUAUUAAAAAAUAUAAGAGUAUUCUUGUGGAUAUAUUUUUUGAUUCUUGUAACUUGUUUUUCAAUCUCACAGGCGAACAGCCCCCCCCUCACAAUACCAAACCCAAGAUGCUUGUUUAUUUAUUAUCAUGUUAAGAAAUGCUGUACUAUCAU